UUAGAAAAAUACCUGGAUGUCUUAAGGAUUUGUUGAUACAAAAGAUCAACAUUGAAUAAAGGAUUACCCAAAAUUUUUUGGUAUUUGUUUGUGAAAAGCUUCGUUUAAUGAUUGUAUAAGAAGUCAGUGGUUUAACUGGAAGAUUGUUCAGAUUACGUUUCAUAUUAUAGUCUGUGAUUUGUUACUGGGCUAGAAAAAGAAUUGACAAGCCUUGGACUUGCGAAGGAAAACUGGGAAGAGUAAUUUGAUGCAAGAGUAAAGAGUAUUAAUCUGUGGACAGAUUAAUUUGGAAACCCGGAAUUAUAAUAAAGCUGUUCACCAAUCAUUUUUUUGGCAUAGAGACAGCACUAAAAUAUCUAAAAAGUAAAACACUCUUAACAACUUUACCAGCGCCAUGAAAACGGCCACAUUUGAUGCUAUCGAUGACUACAAUCAUACUCAUUUAUGUUUCAAUAUUCAUGUUGAUGUUGAUCAUCGAACAUUUGGCCAUCUUGUUUCAGAUGUUAUUGUCUGUGCACUGGACCUCGCUUUGAUGUUCAUUGCCGUUGUAGCAAAUAUACUCGCAAUAGCUGCAUACCGCCGAUCAUCUGUACUGCAGACACCAUCCAACUAUCUUCUGAUGAUUUUAUCAGCCGUGGAUGUUGUUUUAGCGUUGACUGUCCAACCGUUUUUUUUCCUUUGGAAAGUACUGGAACUAGCGGAUAGAUUUUCAUGCUGGGUUUACUUGGCCACAGUCCUCUUGAUUAAUUUCCUCGGAGCGGUCUCAUUUCUUAUCACAAGCUGUAUAAUAUCAUUAGAGCGUUAUCUCUCCGUCUUUUAUCCGCUUUUUCAUCGAAAGAACGCUAACAAACGCUGUUUUAAAGUCGCCUUGCUGGUUAUUUUGAUAGGAUGGCUGGCGUUUCUUCUAACUAUGUUUUUAGGAGAAUUUCACGUUGUUUACUUUUCGGUCGCGACUUCGAUAGUCGCAUUGUGUUUGGCGGGAACGAUUCUUUGUUACCGAAGUAUAUUUCGCGAGAUGUCCCGACGCUGUGGCGAUCGUGUUGUGUCGGUGGAAAGCAUCACGGACGAGCGCCGUCAAGUUGGACGAAUUAAGCGGGAAAAAGCCACGCUGAUGAAUAUGAUUUUCAUCGUUGGCACGAUGACCAUUCUCUACGCUCCUAUAGGUGGAUGCGUCGUAUACGCCAUUCUGCUUGGCCGUGAUUGGGUGUACAUGAAUUACUUUGUACCGUGGGCGUAUGUACUUGUGUUUACAAGCAAUGCUAUUCAUCCUUUUCUCUACGGUUGGCGAAGCAGAGGAAUGAGAAAGUCUAUAAACGGAGUUAUAAGAAGUGUUUUUGAAGAAACCGAUGUUUAAAUGAUAAAUUGAAUAAUACGUAGUUCAGUUAAACCAUUCAUUAAGCUGGAGUUCAAAUUGUACGUAUUACAAAAGAAUGAAAAGUUAGGCCUUUUCCUGAUCAGAACAGUA